AGUUAAAGUUUAAAAAUAGUUAAUUUUACUAUAAUUUAUAGUAAGCAUAACUGAAAAAUAUUGCUGUUUGUUUUAUUUUUAAACGUGGUACGUGAAUUCCCAAUGUAUUGUUUUGAUAUCGGGCGAAUAGCGAUCCGUCCGCCGCGGUCGUCGUUGCGGUUUAUGUACCUCUCCUCUACCCAAAUCUACCAUCGUGCAUUCGUAUUUCGUGUUAUUUCUUUGUCUCUUACAGACACAUCACAAUUUAUUUGUCAUUACGGUUAUUACUUAUUACUCAUUUUAUAUUUCAAAUUUGAUUACUUGAACUUGAUUCCGAGUGUGGUUCCGUUGAUACGCAUUAGGCAACUUACAAAAUACAAGCAUUGGAAGUUGUAACAUUGAUCUAUUUGAUCUGUCUAUUGUACUGGAGAUCGUGGAAGUUUGAAGAUUCUAUACCUGAGGUAAGUCUAAUUCAGUCAAUUUUUAAUUAUUAGUUAGGUAAAUGCUACCUAAAUAUGUAAAUUAAAAUAUCAACAGUAUCUACCUAGUCGGAUAAUGUAUACAGCUACAGCAUAAUAUCUACUAUCGAUUUUAAUAUUGCAGUAUUAAAUGUAUUAAAUGUAGUUAGAUAAUUUCAUAAAAAACACUGAUGUCGAAAUUAUUAUUACAUAGGACUUAUUGUAAUACUUUUUUUGAAUUAUGGAUUCAUACACCCAAGAUAUAAUGAAACAAUGGGGUUUUUCAACCGAAAUAAUAACAAUAUUUAAAGAUCAAGAAAUAGAUGAAGUAGCACUAUUUAAUCUUACUGAGACCAUGUUAAAAGAGUUGUUGCCUAAAAUUGGUCAACGAGCUAAAUUUUUGAAACAUUUAGAAGAUUUAAAAAUACAAAAAAAUGUUUCUAUUGAUUCUAAAAAAAAACCUGAAAUUGACUGGGAUAAUUUAGAAAUAGAGUUAGCUCCGAUGGAUACCUCUGAAGAUAAUAUUAAUUAUAUAGAAAACAUAAUAUGUGAUACAAUAUCUGACAAUUGUAAAACUGCAGUCCAAGAAUUCCAAGAUCAUUCUGUUCCAACUGCCGAAUGCUCUUAUACAACUACUGUGAACAAUAAUAAUUCUUUGGGGCAACAGAUAAAAACUAUUUUAUCCAAAUACCAAGAUGGAGAAUUUGUAUUAGAAUAUUACAAGCUUAAAUCACAUUUCAAUGAGGCCAUGAGAAAUAAACUAGUUUCUGUAAUAAUAAAAGAUCAAAUUCGCUCCCAAGUCAUUUUAAAUAGAUCAAGGUUUAUAAUUUUAGCAAAAGGCAUUGAAGAAUUAUUUCCUUCUGAGACAGAAGAAACUUAUUUCAUACCUUACUGUAAAGAGGGUAAUAUAAUAAGUCCCAAUAGAGGUAAACUAUAUGGAAAAUUUUGUAAUAUUAAAAAGGAAAUCAGCAAGAUAAGUAAUAUUAAGAAAACGCAUCUAUCAAAGUCUUCUGAUCAAGAAAUAAAUUUGAAUCAUGAAGAUUAUAAAGACUCAUUAACUUGGCUUAAAAAUAAUAUAGAACCUGACAUUACUCUCCAUAAACUCUGGAAAGAAACAGCUUCAUAUCGAUUAAAAGACACAAAUAACAAUAUGAUGAAUACAUAUAUAGCCCUUAGCAAACCUACUGGUCAUAUUUUAAUUGAUAUAGAUUUUAAUUAUAUGUAUGCUGGAAAAGAAAUGAGUCUAUUUGACAAAUUUCACAUUUUCAAGGAAAAAUUAAAAAUAUAUUUGGAAAUGAAAGGAAUUAGUAUCAAUAAAAGUCUUAUUGACAAAUUAACUGCUCCGCAUAGACCUGGUGACGACGAUAUUGCUGUUUUUCAAAUUUUACCAUAUUUAUUUCAGCCUGUCAGUAUUGUUAUUCAAAAACCAUCGAAAAAUUCUCGUACUAUCAGGGCAUCAAAGAUAGAACAAGCGGCUGCAUUUAUUUCAAAUGUUACGAAUGCUAAUGAAUUGAAAAAGGUACAUUCAGAUAAAAUUAAUAAGGCAUUUUCAUUAGGCUUAACUGUACAGCCAUUUGUGGUUUUUGUUGGUGAAAGUGAUUUGGAUGAAAACAUUUCAAAUAAUCCACUAUCAUUCUACAAAGUUGUUAAUGAAACAUAUUACAAAGUGGAAACAAUUUUAAAAGCAUUUGACGUGUGCUUCAAAAGCUUCCAUACACUUAAUUUGAAGUACCCGUUUGAAGCUGAACAGGUAUGGAAAUUUAUACAAGAAUAUUUUUAUCAAAUUCCAGAAAAUAGAGGAGAAAAAAAAUUUUUAAGUGUUAAGACUUUAAUUAAAGAUUUAGACAACUUGUAA